AUGGAUUGUGAAGCAACAACGGCUGAACUGUGCCGAACGCUGUACCAGGAAAUUUUGGUAUCGGUUAAAUCCAGUGAUCAAUUAAAACCAUAUUCGGUGUGUUUUUCAGCCGUCUUAUCAAAUGAGAUGAAUAGCUUUGAAAAAGAAUUGCGAUUGCUGAUGAAACAGUCAGGUGGCAUCACGAAAAACCAAUAUCUUGAAAACGAUGAUCUUACAUUAAACACUAACGGUACAGCUGAACCACAAAUGCAGAACGAUUAUGUUAUACCAAUUGAAAAAACGGACAACCAACAAAAAUCGAUUGAAGAAAAUUUGAUGCGCAAUUAUGAUGAAAUUGGAACAACCAAUGGGACAGAGACACGGGAAAAAGUAGGUUCGGUUAGAAGAUCAUGUAGGCCACGAGAAGAAUGGGACGAAAAACUGCAAUUUUUACGACGGCAUAGCAUGGAUGAACCUCAAUCUUUGUCGGGCGAACAUCGAUCAUUGGCAAACGUUAAUGAAAAUGCUAUGAAAAAACGUCAUACAAAAAUGCGUAAAACAAUCGCAUCGCGUAGUGAAAUGCAACACCUACUGCGAAACCAGCAAGAAGUACAGCUAAAGAAUACGAAUCGUAACAUGCACACAAAAAACGAACUUUAUCGUACAUUGUGUCAACUUUGUAACAAAAACGAACGUUUUUUGGUCAAGCACUAUAUGAAUCAGCAUCCAGGUAGCGAAGUCUUGAUCAGUAGACUACCGCCAACAAUGGCUGAUCGUUUGCGCUCACAAAAUGAUAAAUUUGACAUUGCCAAUAGGAUAAUUUCUGGUUUCUGUUAUUUUUGCGAAGAAUUGAAGUGCAUGACAAAGCGUAAUUGGACCGAACACAUUUUAACCCAUACUGGUGAGAAAAUAUUCUAUUGUUCGGUGUGCCAUUUCGAAUCAAGACGAAAACUUGAUCACAAAAAUUGUAAAAAUGAACCGGUCAACAUUUAUGAAGCAAAUACAAAAGACGGUUCUUUGACCGGCUUCAUUUGUGUGGAGUGCAACUAUUUACAAAUCCAACAUAAACGAAUGAUUAAGCACCUGGUGAGACAACACGGCUGGGAUAAAGAUGAAGUUACUGAAGAUAUUCAGUAUGAAAAAGUUGUUCUGAUUCCAGAUCUAUUGCCCGUCAAGGUGACUCGCCCUGUAGAAUUUAAUUACAUUGAAACGGCCAAGCGUUUUAAAUGUUCUGUUUGUGCCAAAAAAACAAAUAAUGCCGAAGCAUUCGAAGAACAUUUCGAUCGAGAACAUUGUCGAUCAAUUAAAGAAUAUAAAUGCAUGUGCGGUGAAAAAAUAGCAAUUGAUGGUUUUCUCAAUGGUGACAAGAUUUUGGAACAUUUAUAUCUGCACAGUGCAAAUUUGUAUCAAUGCAUGUACUGUGAAAUCUCAUUCUUUGACAUAGAUGGCAUACAAGAUCACUUAUUAAACGAUCAUACCAACUGUCAAUACAAAUUUCAGCGCAUCCAUCGGAAACCAGAUUCACAAGCAAUUUUCUCCGAAAUAAUUGCAACGAAACUCAUGUGUAAUAUUUGUAAUGUAGAACUGGAUGCCAAAUUUACUAUUGCGAUUGAACAUUUUAAACAAGAACAUCCUAAAGAAAGCAUCGAUUUUUCUGGAAGCUUAUCGAAAAAGAUCAGUCAAAUGGCAAGAAAAACUUGCGAUAUCAAAACCAAAUAUGUGAGUUCUAAUUCGUUUACAUUAAAAAUUAAUUAA